UCGCUCGCCGAUACGGACCUUCAACGAAACUAAAGUGUUGUUUUCUCGUCGGCCGAAGACGUGUCAAGUUCCGCCUCACGACCUGCACCGCCGGCGGACUCUGUUGCAGGCCGCUGGCCCGGGCGCGUCGCAUGGGACGCCCGUGUCGCGGGGCCGCCGACUCGGUUAGCUUAGCAUGCUACAGACGACGUCCGGCUCCCCCCCGGAUCGAAUCAGACGAUCGGCGGCCAGUCCCGCUCCGGCAGCCCGUCCCUUCCGCCACCAUGUGUCCGGGGUCAGUGGCGCCGAGUGGCGGAGCGUGACAGCCCCCCGUGUAGCAGGGCCCCCCCCCGGCGGCUAACGCUAACUAGCCAGGUGAUCGGAGGAGGCAAACUUUGCUAGCCGUAGUGUAGUGCGAGCGGGGCGGACGGCGCACCGGAACCGUCGACUAGCUUAGUCCGCUUUCUUGGCCACACCGAACAGCCCGGCCUGUCUCGGGUCGUCGCUAUAAAUACACAACUCUGAAGUGACGUUUUUGGUUUUUUUUUAAGGGAUUUUCGAACAGCUGACAGCGCGCGGGAGAGCUGUCAAUCCGUCCGUCAUCUUGGCUGACGUCUACGGUCAGCCGGUGUUGACGUCGUUUCCGUCUCUGCGACAAUGGCUGCAGAGCUGCAGGCGAAGUACAGCAAGCUGGCGCAGGAGUACUCCAAGCUCCGGGCCCAGAACCAGGUGCUGAAGAAAGGUGUAGUGGAUGAACAGGCCAUGUCUGCCUCACUAAAGGAGCAACUGAAGCAGAAGGAUCAGAGCCUGAGGAAGGCUGAGCAGGAGAUGGACAGCCUCAGCUUCAGAAAUCAACAGUUGGCCAAGAGAGUGGAGCUCCUGCAAGAAGAACUGGCUACGAGUGAAGCAAAGGGCAAAAAGGGCAAGAAUAAAGGUGACUCCCCCUCACAACAAGGCCUGCAGGCCCAGAGUGUUUUUGAUGAGGACCUGCAGAAAAAGAUCCAGGAGAACGAGCGGCUUCACAUCCAGUUCUACGAGGCAGACGAGCAGCACCGGCGGCAGGAGGCUGAGCUAAGAGCCCGGUUAGAGGAGCUGGAGAGAGGCGCAGAGAAGCACCAGUCAGUUGUGGAUAGGCUCACCACCAAAUACAUGGAAACCAUCGAGAAGCUGCAGAGUGACAAGGCCCGUUUAGAGGUAAAAGCCCAGACUCUGGAGAGAGAAACAAAAGACUGCAGAAUGCGAACAGAGGAGUGUCAGCAACAGUUGAGGCGGUGCCAGUCCGAGUUGAACAGACACGUGAAACAAAGCAGUAGUGUCAUCCAAGAGAAAGUGCCCUUCAAUGACACUAAAUUUAAUGACUACAAUAGCCUAAAUGUUCCACCUCACAAUCGCAGGCACCAGCUGAAGGCCCGGGAUGUAGCUGGUCAGGCAUUGGGGUUUUUGCAGGAUUUGGUGGCGGCUCUGUUGAAUUUUCAUUCCUACACAGAACAGAGAGUGCACAUCUAUCCUUUAGACUCCUCCAUCGAGCCCAUCUCCCCUCUUAACCAGAAGUUUUCCCAGUAUCUACAUGAAAAUGCAGCUUUUGUGCGCCCUCUGGAGGAUGGCAUGCUGCAAGUACAUGAGAGCAUUACAGAGGAAUCGGUCACAGUUCUGGAGACCGUUGGCCAGCUGAAGAAGUUUGCCGAUCACUUCUCCACGUACACCCAUUUUCUGCAGAAGAUUUUACCGUACCAGCUAAAAAGCCUGGAGGAAGAGUGCGAGGCGCCCCUUUGCACUGCUGCCCUUACUGCUAAGAACCAAGAGUUGCAGAGCGACAUGAAAAAAGUAACGUCUGUGUUUGAGAAACUGCAGAACUACAUAAACCUGUUGGCCUUACCCAGUGUCCGACAGGAUGUGAUGCCGCACAGCAGCUCCUCCGCUGUUUUCACUCAGCUAGCUGCCUGCCUGCACAGCCUUCACGAUGCUAUCAAAGAGACGUCAAAGCAUUACAGCCAGAAGGCCAGCUUAGAGCAGGAACUGCCCACCGUCACACAGAAACUCCAGACCACCACAGAGUGUCUGCUGGGAUCCUUGGGUUCUCUCACGAACAACACUGGCAAGAUUGCCACCUUCUUCAGCAACAACCUAGACUUCUUCACGUCGUCCACAGGGUACGGUCCAAGAGGCGGGACAGAUGUCCUCAACCCUUUGCAGGCAAAAAGUAUGCUUGAUAACAAAAAGAGAGCAGCUGCCUAUAUCCAUGCUGUCAGAAAGCCUAGGCCACAGUCGGUUCCGUACAGAGAAGCCCUUUCAAAUCGUCGUAUAUUGACCAGCUCCACAGAAAGUAGAGAAGGUCUCACUCAGCAGGUGCAGCAGAGCCAGGAAAAGAUUGCCCGUUUGGAGCAGGAGAAGGAGCACUGGCUCCUGGAGGCCCAGCUGGGGAAGGUUAGGGUUGAGAAAGAAAACCAGCGCAUUGCAGACCUCGAGGCCCAGCUCGCAGCCGCUCUGGGAGGUAGUCUGACCUCACAUGUAGCUUUAACCACUGAAGUGAUGCACGACCAGGAAGAUGGAGAGAUGGACCAGACAACCACAGGGAAGGAGGCUGUGCUGUGCACUACCUUGGUUGGUAUGUUGUCCACAACACCUACCAGUGAACAUGUGGGAGAUGAAGAGUCCAGGGAGCAGCUGAUAAAGACUCACUACAUGGCCAGAGUGGGAGAGCUCACCACUCAGCUCCAGGUUUCUGACAGCAAGGCCGUGCACUUCCAUUCCGAGUGCCGAGCACUGGCCAAACGUUUGGCCAUUGCUGAAAAAUCACGGGAGACUCUAAGUGAGGAGGUCAAAUUGGCCAACCAGAACAUCACACGCUUACAGGAUGAGCUGGCCACAACAAAGAGGAGCUAUGAAGAUCAGCUCAGCAUGAUGAGUGACCACCUGUGUAGCAUGAAUGAGACGCUGAGUAAGCAGAGGGAGGAGAUCGACACGCUCAGACUGGGCAGCAAGGGAAAUGCCAAAAAAAACAAAGGCCGCUAGGGUUCUCGUGUAACCGGCUUCAUCUGGCAUCUCAAGGACAGCUUGAGUGGAAGACAGACUGUGGAGCCGCCCUGUAACCACCACCAUCGCCACCACAGCAGGCUGGGGAAUCUGCCAGACACAGAUAUCUUCUUCACAGGGGUUAUAGAGAAAGCUAACAUGUCUCUGACAGGGGGAAGCCUCUUUUCUUUUUUCUCCUUGUUACGACACCAUUUAUGACAUUAUUUGUAAAUUGCUUCCUGAAUCGAAGGAAGGAGCUGCUUUUGGCCAUACAGGGUGGGAGAAAGAUAACAUUUUCCUCUCGAGAGACAGGCAGAUGAACAGUCAAACCCUCAGUAAUACUUACAUACUGAGGUCAUAAUUUGAAGACCGAACCCUGUUGAUUAGUGGGUGUAACGCUCUGUUAGAUGUAUGUGUGACUGACAAAAACAAACGAAAAGAAAAACGGAGUGCAUUCGUACAGCUAUUCUGUGGAAAGAUGCCAUCAGAGUAAAUGUGGUGUGGCAGAGAGUGUGUUUGUUAUUAUACAAGAGAAUGUGUUUGUGUAAUUGUGUGAUUUUGCACCAGGCUUUAGAACAUUAAAAAAAAAAAUUUUUUUUAAUGGAGAACAUGUGGGCAGUUUCAAGGGCCUAUAUAGAUUCUUACACUUGCUCCAAAAGCUUCUGUAAAGAAGGGCUUUCCAACUGAAUCACCGAUCAAUUGACACUUGAAUUCAUUCCUCAUUUUUUAUCAUUUCUGUGAUCUGAAGGUGCAAGAGGGCUUCCCUUAAGCAGUUUAUCACCAUUUACAGAGAGCGUAUGGUAGGAUGGACAAGGUAGAGCUCAUAACAUGUUACCUAUCUGCCUGUGAACAUGCACUGUAACGUUAGCGCGUUUAUCACCAAAGUAUGUUAUGGAUGUGCAUUUAGAAUACUUUGUGUAUACCACGGUAGUCUCUAAAUUCAUGUUCGGUCGUGUAUGGAUUAAAAGGGUUAAUGUGAAUAUACACUUCUUGGAAAUCUUGAUAUACAUUAUUGUGCUGUCUAAUUUUAAAAGGAAUAUACAAACAAAGACAUUUAUUCUGAGGUUGCAAGUGUCUGUUCUCCUCAAGAUGAUACAGCACAUGAAUCCAAACAACUAUGUCUAGGGUGUCAGAGAUGUACCCUAUCAUGUUCCCCGGCGAGCUGCGUAUGUGUGUGUGUGUGUGUGUGUGUGUGUGUGUGUGUGUAUUGGGUAGUUAUGAAAACCACCACAUACAUAUGGCUUCUCAGUGGCACAUGGUUAAGUACCACUGUGUUAGAGACCCUGGGAUCACUAGGAAUUGUCAUGGUGGGGUGCAGUAUACUGUAAUUGUAUGUUUAAAGGUGUACAGUAUAGACCAUGUAAUCUGCCUAGAGUGCAGGUCACAGUUUACAAUACACCAGAGGCAGUCUAGCUCCAACUGAAUCUGUUGUCUGGGACGAGUUGUUGAAACUCCGUGCUUCAUCUGCCAGGGAAUCUUUUUAAUGAUCAUUCCAAAGGUUUACCAAAACCCCGCUAGAACCUAUUAAAAGUCAUGUGUCUCAUCACAAUGUAUUCAAAGCACAUUAAUAUGUGAAAGUAAUAAAGAGCUUGCUCAGUUU